AUGAAGAUGAAGGUGGGGAUGCAGAAAUUGGCCAAGUGGUAGCUCUUCCGGACACUACUAGUACGAGUACAACUUCGACGUCCUGUUGCAUUACAGAUUACACCACCAUCUGCGACUACCAAUCUCGAACCUUCAGCCUGGAGGUAGACUUGCUCGUGAACAACGAGAAGGAAAGAAGCGCUAGCGCAGACAUGACCUCGUCCAAAUUGGACGACACAAGCAAGUCCUUACGUUUAACUGCGUCGCUAGAGUAUUUCGAGGAUGGUAGAAGGUCAGGAGCAAGCACGCAACCUCUAGGCGAUGCG